ACCCAAUAUUAAUCUGUACGAGCAGCUCCAGACGCUCCUAACAUCUCCGGCGAACGGCGACUUAGAUAUCACCAUGGGGAAAGUUCACGGAUCACUUGCUCGUGCUGGUAAAGUGAGGGGGCAAACUUCAAAAGUUGCUAAACAGGACAAGAAGAAGAAGCUUCGCGGCCGUGCUCACAAGAGGAUGCAAUACAACCGCAGAUUCGUCACAGCAGUUGUUGAUUUCGGGAAGAAGAGGGGCCCGAACUCAUCCGAGAAAGUAAAUGAAGAAAUGACUUUAUUUUUAGGUAAAGAAAGUUGCUGAAGUUCAAUGAGUUGUAUUUGCAAUUUGUUGCUUCUGAGAAUACUCCAGACAAUACAAUGUUAACACUAUUAUACAAUUGGUUUCCGUAGUUAAUGAAAUGGGAUAAGCAAGAAUUCAAUGGCCAACGUGAUCUUGACCAAGUUGCUGGAAGAAUUGCUGCUGUUCUUUAAGAGAUGAAUUCAGGCAAUUUUAUGAAUACAUGAGUUAGAAUGGCCAAUGUAGGGCAG